AUGGUCUCUAAGUUAGAACCUCUUGAUGGUAACAACUAUAAGAGAUGGUCACAAAAGUUACUAAUCUUCUUUGAACAAUUGGAAGUAGAUUAUGUUUUGAAUGAAGACGUUAUUGAGACUCUCAAGAAUGCGGAAGAAGCUGCUAAAACCGCUACAGCAGCAAUUCCGGCGGCCACAAUGGAAGCCUUGAAGAAGAAGGAGAAGGACAACAAGCUUGUUCGUGGCCAUAUCCUCAACCACAUGAACAACACUUUGUUUGAUUUGUUUGUCAAUUUCAGGUCAAGCAAGGUUAUAUGGGAUUCUUUGGAGAAGAAAUAUGGAGCAAAUGAUGCCGGGAAAAAGAAGUACGUGGUGGGCAAGUGGAUCAACUUCAAAAUGGAUGAUGAGAAGCCUAUCAUGACUCAAGCUCUUGACUAUGAGAACAUGGUGACCGAAAUCCUUGGUGAAGGCAUGAAGAUGUGUGAGACUCUUCAAGCCAAUGUUCUCUUGGAGAAAUUCCCUCCCCCUUGGAAUGACUACCGUAAUUCUUUGAAGCACAAGAAAAAGGACAUGACCCUCCAAGAACAAAUUAUCAAGAACUAA